AUGGUAACUAAAGAAUACGACCACUUAUUCAAGUUGCUAAUAAUUGGCGAUAGCGGAGUUGGUAAAAGUAGUAUCUUACUUCGCUUUGCAGAUAAUCUCUUUCAAGGGACGUAUAUUACUACCAUUGGAGUAGAUUUCAAGAUUCGAACAAUAGAGGUAGAUGGCCAGAGAAUAAAACUGCAAAUAUGGGAUACUGCCGGCCAAGAACGAUUCAGGACAAUAACAUCUACAUACUACCGUGGUACCCAUGGUGUCAUCGUAGUUUAUGAUGUUACAAGUGGGGAAACAUUUGUUAACGUGAAGAGAUGGCUGAUGGAAAUUGAUCAAAAUUGCGAGGUAGCAAAUAGAGUCUUAGUUGGAAAUAAGUGCGAUUGCUUGGAUAAGAAAUUAGUUAGUACUGCAGAUGCAAAGAAAUUUGCAGAGCAAAUGGGAAUACAAUUGUUUGAAGCGAGUGCUAAAGACAAUAUAAAUAUAGAAGAUGUAUUCACUGCUAUUACGAAAUUGGUUUUGAAAACGAAGAUGGAAGCCAGUGCUAAGGCAUCUGAUCCAAACUCAUCAAGUGCAAUUAAAGUUAAUAAAAUAGGCAACAAAAAAAAGUCCAAAGUGAAGUGUUCACUGCUCUAA